GGCGUACGUGGUCGUCUCUCCUUGUCAUCCGCCUGCACCCAGCUUUUCUUUGUUUUAUAUCCGAUUUAUUAUGAAUGGCCUGGAUGGGCGUGGCUUCAGCGAGACGGGGCGGGGCAGCGUGAAGCUAGAUUGGUUCCUGCUAUCGAUUGGCUGGAGUUUGUAGAGGAGGGGUCACGUUAUCGCCACGUGGGGGAGGUGAGAGGGCGCUGUGAUUGGUUUGGGGGCGGGGCCUAGCGCGGCUGUUCAGGAGGGGGAGCUCGUGGAACUUUGUGUGUUAGUUUUACGCCGGAGCUCAGAGCGGAAACCGGAGCUGGAGAACGAUCCCCGGAUGGAGCAGCAGCCCAGCGCCCGGAGCUGCACGACCGUAGGAGGAGAGACGCUCAUGAACCUGAACGUUCACAGCACCACCGGCACUCGCUAUGAGCUCUCUGUGCCGCUCGAGGAAACGGUGGACGGGCUAAAGCGCCGCAUCUCCCAGAGACUGAAGGUGCCCAAGGAGCGGCUGACCCUGCUGCACCGGGAGACACGUCUAAGUUCAGGAAAGUUACAAGAUCUGGGAGUUGCAGACGGGAGCCGGCUGACCCUUCUGCCUACGGUGGAGGCAGGACUUAUGUCCCAGAUGUCACGUCCGGAGCAGUCUGUGAUGCAGGCCUUGGAGAGUCUCACGGAGACCCAGGUGAACGAUUUCUUAUCUGGACGCUCGCCCCUUACACUUGCGCUUCGUGUUGGGGAUCAUAUGAUGUUUGUUCAGCUUCAGUUGGCUGCCCAGCAAGCAGGGGGCUCCCACCUCCAGCAUCGCCAUCUGAUCACAAGAGGAACUGAGCACAGUUCUGCCCCUCACUUCCGCACCCUGCAUACAAGCACCACACCUGUCCUCUCUCGACUGGCAGGUUGCACACAGGGCUCUUCUCAGCCUACUGAGUCAGCACCAGCUGCUUCCACUCGCUGUGAUGCACCCCAUUCUUCAUCCCUCACCACCAGCGUCUUCCGCUCACAUGGAGAGGGUGUGGCUGUAUCGCCCUGUGGAGAGGUACCGUGUAGUAGCAGUAGUAGCAGUACUCGCAGUAGUGAAGCUGGUAGUCCUUCCCAAUCUGCACGACCUCGAAAACCUGGUGCCAUUAUAGAGAGUUUUGUCAACCAUGCUCCUGGAGUCUUCUCAGGGACAUUUUCUGGUACUUUGCACCCCCACUGCCAGGAUAGUACUGGGCGUCCUCGUCGGGAUAUUGGGACAAUUUUACAGAUUCUUAAUGACUUGCUGAAUGCUACUCGCCAUUACCAGGGCAUGCCUCCCUCCCUCACAACACUCCGCUGCCACACCCAGUGUGCAUCACAGACCAGAACUGCCAAGGCUACCUCUCCACAAAAUGGUGAUCCCCAGCAAACAAGUCAGCCAACAGGACAUUCCCAACCCCAAGCUCGCCAAUGCAAACCUGCUGGGGAUCGUCUGCGACAAACAGAAAAUAGGGCAACACGCUGCAAAGUAGAACGCUUGCAGUUGCUUAUGCAUCAAAAGAGAUUGCGUCGGAAGGCAAGAAGAGACUCCAGAGCUCCUUAUCAGUGGCUUCCUACACGAAAGUCUAGUCGGACCAGCAGUAACAGCAGUUUGUCAAGUGGAGAAGGUGCCCUUGAGAUGGACUUUGAGGACUCCCUAUGGAAAACGGAUGUGAAGGCUGAACUGAACUCAGAAUUUGUGGUGGCAUGAGUUGUAUACUACAGCAUCUUCACUUUGUUUGCUCUGCAGGAGAACUGCUUCUACAGCUGUAUACGGACCAUGGAAAUUAUAAUGACUAGCUUUGGAUUGAAGAUGUUGUGAUUAUCAAAGGAAAACACAUGGUCAAACCUUAAGUUUUCAUUGACUUGAAUAACAAAAAAAAUUAAAAUAAGUCUGCCUUAAACGCUUCUUGUCACAAGCGUUGCAGGUUUGAACUGUACCUUUGCAUUGUGGAGUGUGAAAGCAAUAAUGCACACUCUUGUUUCUGGAAAUGGUGUUUACCCCCUCCCCCGACCCUCAGACCAGUUCCAUAAUACAUGAAUGCACAGACAGGAAGGUUGAGAAAUACUUCUCGGAAUCCACCUGUUCUGGGACAGAACCUCAGACAUGCUGCUGUUCAGAAUGAACCUGCUUCUAUUGAACCUAGUACUUGGAGAAUUACCUGGGAUGAGGAUAAACAGGGACUUAUUUAAAAUACUUAUCUCCCCCAGUCAUCACCGUUAUUGUCAUAUGUAGCAUCAUUGUACUAUGCUGUGGGCCUCUGUCCCUCCACUGCCUGGGAUCGGGGGUGGGAUCUGUUCUGCAUGCUGUGGCUCUAAUCCAUCCGUGCCCCUUGAGUGACCAUGAGGGGGACAGUAGCAGUGAGGGAGGCAGCAUUAUGUGCUGUUUCCAAACUUUCUACAUUUUUCUUAUUUACCUCACAUGUUUGAACUUCUUUUUAUUUUAUUUUUUUAAUUCCUUGCUCCCAGAUCAACAAUUUAAUUUGUUUUAUUUGAAUGAAAUUGGUAUUUUUUAUUAAAUGUUCUUGGAGCUGAAUAUAUAAUCUAUUUUAAUGGUGGGGAUUCAUUCUGAAUGCAGUAUUGGUAAACAUGGUAAGCACUGUUUUUUUUUUUUUUUUUUUUGGGUUCUCCCCUUUCUGUUUCCUCUGUGCAGAGAUUAUUGGCUCCCCUCCCCUUGCACCCACUGUGACGUAUUCUGUUCUGUGUACCAGGUAUUUCCUGGCAGUCUCUGCGUGAGAAUUGUUGGUGUGCUUCUCCGCCCCCCACCACCACCUGUGGGUGUUUCAGGAAAGGUGCUAUUCACUGACAUUCUGCAGCUCUGUGAUGUAGGGUGGCUAAGCUUUGGCCCUCUUUCUAUUCUGCUUUCUUGUUCUCAAUGUUGGCGUUAGAGGAGUGGGCUGGUAAUGUCACAGUCUGUAAAGACAGCAGGCAGGCUGUGGGUAUGGAAGAACCCUCUGCUUCUCUUGGCCUUCUAGGUUUUCCUCUCUAGUCUUGUUUUGUAUGAAUGUGGUGAUUCUGAAGCUACUCCAUCUUCCUGUGUCACUGUCGUGAGAUCCGUUCUACAUGUAUCUUAUCAUCUUGUCUCUGUGUGCUGGAAGCAGUGAUUUCAUUGACAAAUGCAUGAGUCUGAGGCUUCUUCUUGGGGUUAUUAUUGUGGUGCAGUCAAAGCAUCCAGUCCAUAACCCUCAUUUGCACACCUGCUUUGUGUUUUCUUAAUGGUUUCAAAACUUUUUAUUAUUUUUUGUACCUCAGGGUUACUCCCACUUACUCACAGGUACACUGCUUUUCUGGUAGUACUGAAGGGUAAGGCAAGCGCUGGGCAUAUAUUUAUAUGUAGCCGGAAUUAAAAGUACACUAACCAGAAAAGUAGAAGUUCAGUUACUUUGUCAAAAUAAAAUAUGUAGCAGGACUAAAGUAUUCUGGUAUUCAAUUUUUUUUCCCUCAAACUAGACCUAAACAGGGAGUUAAACUUACUGCAGUUUGCAAUAUGCUUUAAAGAGUUUGUCUUAUCAAUAAUCUCCUAUCGGAGAUACAGGAGUGUGAAAGGCCGAACCAUUUGGAACUCCGAACAAUAGGGGAGAAAAAACCUGAAAUAAAACUUUAAGGGUACUUUCCCACCUGGCGUAUUUGCUGCUGUGUAUUUUCUAACCCAUUUACUUCAAUGGGAAAUACACAGAAGCAAAUACUCAGCAAAAUACACCAGGUGGGCAUGCACCCUAAAGGAGAAGUGUCGUGGACAAAAACUUCUCCCCUAGCCAUAGGAUAGGAGAUUUUUUUAUUUAUUUAUUUUUUAUUUUUUAGAUUGAAGGAGGUCCGAGCGCUGGGGCCCCUGCAAUCUCCUGUAUGGAGCCUCGGCUCUCUUCCUCAGUGCCGCAUCAAGAUCCCCACCCGAAGCGGGGGCUGCCAUGCCCCCUCUAUAUAGCUCUAUGGGGGAGCCGUUCGGCAAUCUUCUACUCUCCCAUAGAGCUAAUUCUUUUUGAUUCUCCCAUAAAGGGGAACUCCAGUGGAAAAGAAAUGUUUUCAAAUCAGCUGGUGUAAGAAAGUUUAAACAGAUUUGUUAAUCAAUUCUAUUUAAAAAUCUUAACCCUUCUAGUACUUAUCAGCUGCUGUAUACUACAGAGAAAGUUGUGAAGUUCUUUCCAGU